UCGAGAUCAGGCGUGACCCGGAUAAGCCCCAGAGAGCUGUAAGAAGUUGGAUGUAGAAGUUCUUCCGUCAUUGGCUUCCUAUACAAAUCCCUAGUUUCCUGAUUCUAUUUCGUAUCCUAUAAUCAUGGACUUGUUUAUGUGACCUUUAUGUGACCUUCCAAGCCCAUAACAAAUCAACUGGCCAGGCUUCUCAUUUUUCUUGAAGAUUGGUUACACUGGAUAUGCUGCUGUUCUUUAUUUUGGGAUUGCUCGUACAUUUUGUGUUCUUUGCCUCCAUCUUUGAUAUUUAUUUUACAUCUCCUUUGGUUCAUGGAAUGACUCCUCAGUUUACAUCAUUGCCUCCUCCAGCAAGAAGAUUAGUGCUGUUUGUUGCUGAUGGCCUGCGAGCAGAUGCACUUUAUGAAUUAGAUGAAAAUGGAAAUUCUAGAGCGCCAUUUAUUAGGAAUAUCAUAAUGCAUGAAGGCAGCUGGGGGAUAUCUCAUACACGUGUGCCAACUGAAUCUCGGCCAGGCCAUGUGGCCCUGAUAGCUGGGUUUUAUGAAGAUGUCAGUGCAGUUGCCAAAGGAUGGAAGGAAAAUCCUGUAGAAUUUGAUUCUCUUCUUAAUGAAAGCAAGUACACAUGGAGCUGGGGAAGCCCAGACAUCUUGUCUAUGUUUGCCAAAGAUGUUAGUGGAGACCACGUUUUUAUACAUGCUUAUGACGCUGAUGAUGAGGAUUUUGGUGCUCAAGAUGUAACAAAACUCGAUACCUGGGUUUUUGAUAAUGUUAAGGAAUUCUUUCAUGCUGCCAGAAACAACCAAUCUUUGUUUUCUAAACUAAAUGAAGAGAAAAUAGUUUUUUUCUUACAUUUAUUAGGACUAGAUACAAAUGGACAUGCUCACCGACCAUCAUCGAGGGAAUAUAAGGACAAUAUUAAAAUAGUUGAUGAGGGAGUAAAAGAAAUUGUGUCCAUGUUUAAAGAUUUUUAUGGAAAUGAUGGGAAAACGGCAUUUGUCUUUACUGCUGACCAUGGAAUGACAGAUUGGGGUGUCCAUGGAGCUGGUCAUCCUUCAGAGACUUUAACUCCUUUUGUCACUUGGGGAGCUGGAAUCAAGUAUCCCCAAAAAGUAUCAGCUCAGCGAUUUAAUGAUGCAUUUUUGAAAGAAUGGAAGUUGGAGACCUGGAAGAGGCAAGAUAUCCAUCAGGCUGAUGUUGCACCAUUGAUGGCUUCUCUUAUUGGAGUUCCCUUUCCCCUUAAUUCAGUGGGAAUCCUUCCUUUGGGUUAUCUUAACAACACCGAUCUCUUCAAAGCAGAGAGCAUGUUUACAAAUGCACUACAGGUUCUGGAACAGUUCAAGGUGAAAAUGACUCAGAAAAAAGAAGUUACCUUAUCAUUUUUGUUUAAACCAUUUAAGUUGCUUUCUGAGUCUAAACAGCUCAACAUUUUAAGAAAAGCAAGAUCUUAUAUAAAACAGAGAAAGUAUGAUGAAGCAGUCUCCCUUUGCAAGGAGCUGAUUCAUCUUGCAUUGAGAGGACUGUCCUAUUAUCACACUUAUGACAGAUUCUUUUUGGGCAUCACUGUUGUUCUUGGUUUUGUGGGAUGGACAUCUUAUGCUUCUUUGUUGAUCAUCAAGUCUCAUUCCAGCCUUACCAGAGGUGUUAGUAAAGAAGUUAAGAAAACAAGCCUUCUCCUGCCAUACGGUUUUGUAGCUAUUGGCGUUUUAGUAGUAUUUUUCCUGCUGAUUCAAGCCUGCCCCUGGACUUAUUACGUAUAUUGUUUAUUGCCAGUGCCAACAUGGUAUGCGGUUCUAAGAGAAUUUCAAGUUAUUCAAGACCUUGUUGCAUCACUGUUGCGCUUUCCUCCGAGGCAUUUCGUUGGAUACCUGUUAGUCUUUACCCUGGGAAUUGAAGUAUUAGUUCUCAGUUUUUUCUACCGCUGUAUGCUUACAGCCGGACUCAUUGCAUUUGCGGGCUGGCCGUUUAUCACUCAGCUGUGGACUCGAGCAAAGAGCACCUCACUGAGUUGGAUUUUCUUCUCUUUGCUCCUGGCAGCGUUCCCUCUGAUGCCUGUUGUAGGACGAGAGCCGGAUAUCUCUCUAGUAAUGAGUGCAGGCUUGCUGCUGCUUCUGCUAUCCCUGUUUGUUGUAACAUCUCUCACAAAAAGGAAAGACAGUUUUGUAAAUGAAGAGCUAUUUUUGCAUCUAUUACAGAUGCUGAGCACAGUGCUUUCCAUGUAUGUUGUGUAUAGCACCCAUAACAGUCUACUCAAGAAACAAGGACUUCCUCGUAUUAAUCAGAUUAUUAGCUGGAUAACAUUAGCCUCUUCCUUUGUCCUGCCACUACUGAGUCCCACGGUUCUCCUUGAGCGAUUGUUUAGCAUACUUCUUUCCUUGAUGUCAACCUACCUCCUUCUAAGCAGAGGGUAUGAAGCUCUCUUUCCGUUAGUAUUGUCGUGUUUGAUGUUGGCCUGGAUACACAUGGAACAAGAAACCCUACAACAAUCUGGUGUUUCCUGUAAACAGAAGGUCAACGGUAUCCAGUUCAUCUAUAAUACUGAUAUAACCCAGUUCCGACAGCUCUGUCUGGAUGACAUCCGGAGGGCCUUUUUUCUUGUUUUCUUCUUAGUGACAGCAUUUUUUGGAACUGGGAAUAUAGCUUCUAUUAACAGCUUUGAUCUUACCUCUGUCUAUUGCUUUCUGACUGUGUUUAGUCCUUUUAUGAUGGGAGCCCUGAUGAUGUGGAAGAUUUUAAUUCCCUUUGUUCUUGUGAUGUGUGCUUUUGAAGCAGUUCAGUUAACUACCCGGUUAUCAUCAAAAAGUCUUUUUCUCAUGGUUCUCGUCAUAUCAGACAUUAUGGCUUUGCAUUUUUUCUUCUUGGUCAGGGAUUAUGGCAGCUGGCUUGAUAUUGGAACAAGCAUCAGCCACUAUGUGAUUGUCAUGUCCAUGACCAUGGUUCUGGUGUUUCUCAAUGGCCUGGCACAGCUGCUCACGACAAAGAAACUCAAACUCUGUGGCAAACCCAAAAGCCAUCUCAUAUGAUGUUGCUGAUGCCAUCAUUCAGCUUCUGGAUCUUGCUUCUCAUUCUCCUUGGAAACUGAAAUCUUAUCAAGGAUUCAAUAGGAAGAUGGAUAUUGAUGCACAGCAUAUUAUGCUCCUAUAAAGAAAAUCAUAUGUGGAAUGCUGAAUUUACAGGAUAUCUGGAAUAAAGGAGCUUCCAUCUUCUUUAGGUUUUGCAUGUGUGAAAUAGUGAUUGUGUCUGUGGGAAAGCACAGUGAAGCAUUCUCCAUUUUCGUUUUUUUCCCUUAGUUGGCAGCUCUUCUCACUGAUGUUUCAGAGCACCUGUGACAGUCUGGUCCCCAGCUGUACAGCUUCCUGUAUACGCAAAGGCACAUGUGCUCCUGUGGGGGCAGUAUUGAUCACAUCCAGAGUCAAUACUGUGGCCGAACUUGAAGGACAUCACCAGGUGGCACCAUAAAUAUUUAUCAGCUCUCAGCACUAGUGUUGCAAGUAUUUCUGACUACUAAACGACAACACUAAAAAGACAAUCAGGAUGUGUUAUUUCAAAUUUAGUAAUGCUUCAGUGGAAAA